CUAUAAAACAUAUUGCAAAUCUCUCUACGUGAAAAGUAUCGGAAAAGUACAACUGCUUAAUAUUAGAAACUGUUUGGCUUGAUAUAAGUAGAAAUAAAAUCAAAACUAUUUUCAAAACAAGAAAGAUGGCUGAGUAUACAGUUCACGUGAAGACUGGAACCAAGAAAAGAGCGGGAACAAAUGGAAAUGUAUACAUUACGCUGUUUGAUAUAAACGGGGGGGAUUCUGGGGAGACUCAACUUGACCUUUGGUUCCAUAAUGACUUUAAGACGGGGCAAACAGGGUCUUAUUCCGUCAAAAGUGAUUGCCAAGAUCUGGAGCACGUCAACCAAAUAAUACUUCGGAGGGAUGUCACUAAGAGUUUGAACGACUGGUAUGUCGAGACGGUCGUGGUGGAACGUUGCAAAGAUAAGGAUAAGAGUAUAUUCCCGAUAAAUCGCUGGGUAUCUGCAAACCAGCAACUCAAGCUACAGGAGUUUGACAGCGUAUUGCCGCAAUUCGAUAAAAACCAGGAACAACGGAGGCAUGAACUUGAAACAAAACAAGAGAAAUAUUGGCUGAAAGUUCAUCAAGAAGGUUUUCCACCUCUGAUUGCAGAGCUGCCAAGUGAAGAAAGAUUCACAAUAAGAGAUUAUCAGUUUGAUCUUACGAAGAUGGCGUUGAAGAUUGGUUUUCCGGCUAAACUUGCGAUGUUUACGACUUCUAAAUUUGAAAGUCUAGAGGAUUUUCGAAAUGUUUAUAAACGUAACUUUAAAAGACCCUACGGUUUGGAUAGAUGGCAGAAGGAUGACGCGUUCGGUUCCCAGCGGUUAACAGGUUGUAACCCUACGUCAAUAAGUCUGUGUCAGGAAAUCCCACAAAAUUUCCCUGUUACACCGGUGAUGGUUGAGCCAUUCCUUGAAGGACAAACUCUCCAGGCCUGCCUGAAAAACAAGAAGAUCUACAUUGUGGACCUCAAAAUUCUAGAGGGCAUUAAAUGUUCCGAGGAUAGAAGACUAUGUGUGCCCUUGGGUUUAUUUUACGUCAACAAGAAGCUGAAGUUGGUCCCUAUUGCCAUCCAACUAUUUCAACAACCCUCUGAUAUGAACCCUAUAUUCUUGCCGUCUGACCCUGAAUACACCUGGUUGGUGGCUAAAAUGUGGUUCAAUAACGCAGAUGCCUCCUACCACGAAGCUGGCGUUCAUUUAGGAUUAACUCACUUUUUGAUGGAGUUUGUUGCCGUGGUAACCAACCGUCAAUUGUCUCCCUCACACCCGCUGUUCCGUUUACUGGCUCCACAUUUUUUUGAAGUUAUAGCAAUAAACAACUUUGCCCUCAAAAAACUGAUAAACCCUGGAGGCAUUUUUGACAGGACGAUGUCUCUGGGGACCGAUGGGGUGAAUGGUGUCGUCGGCCAUGCCUGGGCAAAUUGGAAUCUGACUCGGGAGGGAACGUUGCCCAACGACCUAAAGAAUAGAGGGGUGGAUGACGUAAACGCCCUUCCCAACUACCACUACCGGGACGACGCUCUUCUCGUGUAUGGAGCCAUAGAGAAAUAUGUCAAGGCAGUCGUAUCUGGUACAUAUGACUCCCCAGAAAAAAUCACCGGUGACUACGAGUUGCAUAAAUGGGUUUAUGAAUUGAAGACACCCCCCGUUGGUCCUGGGCUAAAAGGUUUGCCUGAAACCAUAGCGACAGUUGAGGACAUCUCAAGUAUAGUGACGCCAUUGAUCUUUCAAGCCAGCGUGCAACAUGCAGCUGUUAACUUUAAUCAAUAUGAAGAAUAUGGUUUCCCGCCAAACUACCCAGGAUUUAUGGAUGGCAAUCCCCCCAGAGAUAAGUGGGCACUAUCGGAGAAAGAUGUUGUAAGAGAUCUUGCCACAAAAGAACAGACAUAUGAUAUAAUGGCACUUACUACUAUACUGAGUACAAUGGACACAAACCCUUUGGGAGAGUUUGAAGAACAAUAUGCGUACGAUCAUGUCACACUGCGGGCUCUUGAGAGUUUCCGCAAGGAUCUUGCAGAAAUUGACAGAGUGAUACUAGCGAAACAGGGGGCCAGAGGGGAUGUUUAUCCACAUCUAAAUCCAGCCAAAAUACCUAAUGCUAUAAGUAUUUAACUCUGGUCGUGGAACGUACAGGAACGCACAUGUACAACCUCGCAUCAGAUCAUGUGAACAAUUGGCGCAUUUAAGGACUUACAUCACUUGUAAAUAUGACACUAAAGCAUAAAUUGAUAUACACCCCACCAAUGUAUGAAAACGGGAAAUCCCCUUUUCAAACAACUUGUUGAAGGCUGUCCAUGAUGGUUAUGACAAAUUGAUUUUUGUCCAUUUUCGACCUUUUGUAAUUUAGGAUUUUAAAACUUAAGGAACGGGUGGAUAGAUAUUUUAUUAGAUUAUGUUCGAGCACUGGGUCUCUUGCAAACUUAACACAGAUUAGCUAUUAAAAAUUAUCACAAGCACGAGUUUAAAUGCAUUUUACAAUAAAUUUUAUGAAAUAGAAAAACAA